AUGACUGUUGGCUGUGUCGGAUGGAAGGCUGGUUGGCUGGCCGGUGAGUCGAUUGGCUGUGUUCGUGUGCGGCCGACUGGUGGCUCGACGAGACGUCGAGUUGCUGGGGGGCUCGAGACGGGGCAGGGUGUUCUGAAGACAGGGUUGUCCGGUUGCGAGGGCGGUGAGAAGAGUGCGAGCCAGUUUGAAGAGGAUGUGGCGAGAAGAGAGCGACGGGAUCGUCGCAUUCACCGACGGCCGACGGAGGAUUGUGUGCAGAAGACAAGUUCCCAAUUCACAGUUUCGCCACACCGACGAGCCCGUGCUGACCUUUCGUCGGCCGCGUCAUGUGGCCAACAGCGUCAGAACGAGAAAACAUAUUCGAUGCCCGAGGAAAGACGUUAUACUUUUGCUGUACUAAUUGCAUAUGCGAACACAAACAGACACAUACACAUACUGAGACAGACGUAUGAUCGUAACUAA